CACCAAACGCGGCGUUGGAGAUCCCCAGAACCUCGACGCGCCUGUGUAGGCGGCAAGCCGCCACGAUGGAAUCCGUGGAGACGAAGCUGCUGAACAAAUACAACAUACCCUCCCUAUUUCCCGCUCAAUGGCCUGCGGAGAAGGACGUCGAUUCUGAUGAUGAGGAGGGAGAUGUCUCAACCGAGACCACGACGCUGCCUAUGCGCCGCGCCUCCAGAUCGCGAUUCUCCGUGCUGGAAAGCACAAGUAGCUAUCAGCGGAAGCUCCCGGGUGCGGAGAAGUCGAGGGAUGGCGUUGAGAAUCUGGUGCAGAAGGACGAGAGCGAUCCGCUGGGAACCUACCCCAGUGUUGUCCAGGUCUUGCGACAGAAGGGGCUGCCUGUGGAGGAUGAUAUACGGUUGAGGAACCGCUUCCUCCUGAGCUCGACCACCUUCUCCCCCUCUCUCUUCCUCUCGCAGGUCCACCGUGAUGCCUCGACCGACUCUCUCCUCUCCGGCCUCGACUUCCUUUCCCGCUCCAUUGAGAAGAAAUCCGCGUCCCUCAAAGUCCUGGUGGAAUCAAACUUCGAGCGCUUCGUCUCCGCCAAAGCGACGAUCGACCGAGUGUACAAUGAGAUGCGGCAGGUGGGCAAGGAGCCAGAAUCUCCACCACCACGGCGGCAUACCCGCGGCCCUAGCCGCUCGAGCUUUUCUUCAAGGAAAGCGAGUUCGUCUGGGGUUAGCGGACCGGCGACUUUGGAGCCUGCGCCGAGCGAGAGGAAGAGGAAGAAUGCUCUGGUAAAAGAGAGCGAAUACGGUGUCCAUGGUAUCAAGGUGCCGCUUACCGAAGUCGCCGCCAAAGCCGAAGAAGUAUGGGGCCCGGCGAUAAACAGUCGCGAAAAAGAAGAGACCUUGCAGGCUAUACUAGCGUCUGUUGAUAAGCACCGCGGGUUGUUUGAAGUGGGUUCUGCGCUGCAGGAUGCGAUUCGACGAAAGGAUCAUGAGAAUAUAGUUGAAGAAUAUGGUCGCGCGCGGAAGUAUGCGGAAGAGGCGAGAUAUAUUGUCACCCAGGCGACGUAUAACCGGUCACCUUUGGCGGAUUCGCAGGUCCAUCAGAUUGUCGUUACCGCGCGCAUGUGGUCUGAUGUUGAAAAUCAGAUUGAAGCGUUCAAGCGAGACUGCUGGAAAAGGCUCACAAGCGCCCAUUUCACGAAACUGCGGUCAGGGUCCGAGGAAGCGAAGUCGGAGCAAUACAUGGAGCUUAUAUCCAUCAUGCUGGAGCUUGGAGUUGAAGACAACCCCAUCUGGGUUUGGCUCUUGUCGCGAUAUGAGUACCUCAAGUCGCGGCUCGUAGCAACCUGUGAACGUUCGAAGGUUGAGAUUGAGAUCUUAAGGAGGCACCUGGGCAAUUCGGAGAAGCCCAAUCUGAGACUGAUUUCACGACAUUUGCGAUCGGUACCAACAAACAACAGCAUCGUCUUAGACCCAAGCAAGCUUGAUACGCCAAAGGUGAUUGAGUUUUGGGAGCAUGUGAACGCUUGUUUGGGUGCUCUUCUUUCGUCGAAUGGCGGGCUUCUUGGGGAACUUGUCGAAUACUGGGAAAUUGCUACAUCAUUCAUCAAUGGCAGAGCGCAACGCGGACUUCCCAUAGGGUUCAACAACCAGUCGUCUGUCCAUCAUAAACUCUCCAGCAGCAAUGUGUCCGAACUUGAACAAGGCGCUGCAGAGCUCGUCAACAUUAUUCGCGAAAACCUUCUCAGUUUCUUCUCAGAUCCUCCUAUCGAGGAUAUCUCGCUUCUUUUCUCUCCGCUGCCUACGACUCCUACACCCACAACUCCACGGUCGCCAAUGAGUGCCGCUCUGACACCAACGACAACCACGCGGUUCCGCUUCGAUCCUAAUAACGUCCCACCUCCGUCACCUCGUCGAGGGGAGACCUGGGAGAAGUAUGCAUUCUGGGCGCCCCAUUCCAAUGCGAUCUCUGGCUCCCACUACCUGUCAAAAACGCUCCUACUCAUCGGAUCUGCUGCCAAUGAGAUGGCUUCUCUACGACUACCGGAGACGAACCCGCAAUCGCGCAUCGACGACGCCAUGAAACUCCUGGUAGGCGUGGUGCGCGAGCGCUGUGUCCAGGCCGUCUGUGCGGCAUGGAACACUGACGCGGAGAAUCUCAAAGUGCUGGAAGAUUGGACUCGUGACAUGGAGCGCAAGGAGAUCACCAUUACCAAUAUGCCAUCGAGGUUCCUGGCCAUACAGACGAUGCUGCUUACCAAUCUGCAGAAGAUCAUGUAUGUGAGUGGUAGUGAAGGGGGUUCUAAAGCGGCGAUUGAUGUCGUGGUGCCGCCCAGUAGCAAAUUGUUGCAGAUGGUGAGGAGUCAGUUUGUCACGAGCUUCUACCGGACGUUGAGUGGUAUGGUGGAGUGUGCGGAGAAGGGCCGCGGGGCGCUUGGAAAGGACUUUGAAGCCAAAGGGGAUGAUUUGACGAUGGAGGAGACUGGAGUAGAGGAUGGUGGCUGGGGCAAGAUGAAUGCCGAGAAACAGUCUACACGCCUCCUCCUCACUCUCUCCAACAUGACAGCCCUCAAUGUCGAAAUCGCACCCCACCUGCUCUCCACCUUCGAAACCCUCUUCUCCGUUGCGCUCCCCGACGAAACCACGCGCAUCAAAGACGUCCUCUCCCAACUCGACACGCAGCUGUUCAAAUCCUACACCAAACCCCACAUCUCGCGCAUGACGUCCACCAUUGAGAAGGGCAUCUUCAGCCCCUCCUGGGCCCCUCCCAGCCCGCGCGGCAAGAGCGUCGCGGACAGAGACCCAAGCCCGUACGUCUUCACCGUGCUCCUGGACCUCGUAGUCGUGCACACCGAAGUCAGCACGACGGCGCCCUCGCUAACGAACCGCAUCCUGCGCUCGCUCUUCGAAUCCACGACCCUGGCCCUCAUCUCGACGUUUGAGCGUCUCGAAUCGUGCAGCCUCGCGGCCCUCAUGCAGGCCACGCUCGACGUCGAGUUCAUGGCGCAGACGCUCAGUUCCUAUACGACGGAGAAGGCGAGCCAGGUCCAGACGGACAUUUAUCAGGUGCUGGAUCGGAAGACGGAUAAUGCGGCGAGGGUGCGGUUGCAGGAGGAGUUGGGCAGUUUGAGGGGCGUGUUGAAGAGGUUGAGGGAGGGGACGAGGGUCGAGUUUAUGUGUUUUAGACGGGUGAAGAGGGGGACUGUGGGGGGUGGGGAGGGCGUUGCGCAGGGGGGUGGGGAGAGGUAG